CAAAUCGCAUGCAUUUCGCGCUUCCCACUCUACUCUGCGCCUCCUUCUCUGCUCUCUCUCUUCACUCUCUCACCUUCCUUGGAUCCCUCAUCCAUGGCGAUCCGCACUUCUCUCUCCUUCCUAUCUUCCCCUCUCUCUCCUUCUCCUCCUCCUCCCGCCAAGCUCUUCAAUUUCACCACCGCUUCCGCCUCCGCCGUCGAACUCUUCCCGGCCACCCGAUUGAGACCUCCAGCGAGGCAAAGAGCCCUGUCGAUUCAGUUCUCUGAUUGCUCCGCCGCCGUCGGCGAGGACUUGCCGGAAGACUACACUGAUUGGCGUCCGAAACCCGAUCCCGGCUACCGCAGGAGAGCUGGCGUUCUUCUCCAUCCGACGUCGUUUCACGGACCAUACGGCGUUGGAGACCUGGGCGACCAGGCCUUUCGCUUCCUCGAUUGGCUUCACGACGCUGGUUGCUCCCUCUGGCAGGUUCUUCCUCUGGUUCCUCCUGGGCGGAAGGGUAAUGAAGAGGGAUCCCCAUACGCAGGACAGGAUGCAAAUUGUGGUAAUACCCUUUUGAUUUCCCUUGACGAGCUUGUAAAAGAUGGGCUUUUGAUGAAGGAAGAGCUUCCAGAACCAGUAGAUGGAGAUCGUGUCAAUUUUUAUACUGCUGCUGACAUCAAAGAUCCUUUGAUAGCCAAGGCUGCAAAGAGGCUGGUUUUCAGUGAAGGGGAACUCAAAUGCCAGCUUGAAGAUUUCUGCAAAGACCCUGAUAUUACAGGUUGGCUUGAAGAUGCAGCCUAUUUUGCUGCUAUUGACAAAUCUUUAAACACAUUUAGUUGGUAUGUUUGGCCUGAACCUUUGAAAAAUCGGCAUCUUGUAGCCUUGGAAGAAAUUUAUCAAAGUGAAAAGGGUUUUAUUGACACAUUCAUUGCCCAACAGUUUUUAUUCCAAAGGCAAUGGCAAAAAGUUCGUGAUUAUGCGCAGAAAAAAGGGAUAAGCAUAAUGGGAGACAUGCCCAUUUAUGUUGGCUACCACAGUGCAGAUGUUUGGGCAAAUAAGAAACACUUUUUACUGAACAGGAAUGGUUUUCCUCUUCAUGUCAGUGGUGUUCCCCCGGAUGCCUUCAGUGAAACUGGUCAGCUGUGGGACAGCCCACUGUAUGACUGGAAAGCAAUGGAGAAAGAUGGAUUUUCUUGGUGGAAACGCCGAAUACGUCGUGCAAUGAAUCUGUUUGAUGAAUUCAGGAUAGAUCACUUUCGAGGAUUAGCAGGCUUUUGGGCUGUUCCUUCCGAAGCAAAAGUUGCAAUGGAUGGACAGUGGAAGGUGGGACCUGGAAAAUCUUUAUUUGAUGCCAUUUUCAGAGAUGUUGGACAGAUUAAUAUAACUGCCGAGGACUUGGGAGUAAUCACUCAGGAUGUAGUUCAUCUUAGGAAAGCUAUUGGAGCACCUGGGAUGGCAGUCCUCCAGUUUGGUUUUGGGAGUGAUGCUGAAAAUCCUCAUUUGCCUCAUAAUCAUGAGUACAAUCAAGUUGUAUAUACUGGGACUCAUGAUAACGAUACGAUUCGAGGUUGGUGGGAGAACUUGCAGCAGGGAGAAAAAUCCAAUGUAUUAAAGUAUCUAUCAAUUACUGAAGAAGAGGAAAUUUCAUGGGCACUGGUCCAGGCUGCACUCUCUUCAGUGGCCCGAACUGCAAUAAUACCCAUGCAGGAUAUCCUUGGGCUGGGGAGUUCUGCCAGGAUGAACAUCCCUGCAACUCAGUUUGGAAAUUGGAGCUGGAGGAUACCAAGUUCCAUGUCAUUCGACAACUUGGAGGCUGAGGGACGAAAACUAAGGGACAUGGUCUCGCUGUAUGGCCGACUCUGAAUAAGUACAACAUCCAGUUUUUUGCUGCAGCGCCUGCAUUUUUCUCUAUUCAUCAAUAAUGAAAACUGUUACAUGAGAUAGAUCACUUGUAUCUUGCUGCUAAAAAUGAGUUAUGGAUAUAUUCAAUGAGUUGAACUUGAUAUAGACACAGCUCCGAGAAUAACUUCAUUUCAUAUACAUUGCUACUGUAAAUUAAGUUGUUUACGUACCGUACCAACUACAACAAAAAAAAAGGGUGGUCUUAUUGUUCAUUCUAACGACCAAGAGCUGGCUCUCUUAUUUGGGAUUUUAUCUAUGAACAUCUUAUUCAUUCAAAUGAUUUGUGUGUAGAUGAUUUGUGAGUUAAAAUUCAUACACCCGAUAUCCCUCCAAUG